UUGAUACAUUUCAUCAAGAAACAAAACUAUCAUCCCCAAAAAUGAAAAUCCAAAAUCAAAUUUCAUGUCUCAUAAUUCUUGCUUCAACCAUAGCCUAUUCGGCUCAUGCCCAAAGCAACGACCAAUCGACAUGGGCCAAGCGAGUUGACUCGGGCGAUCAAGUGAUCACAACUCUCCAAUUUUAUUUCCACGACAAACUCAGUGGGCAAAACCCAAGUGCAAUCCAAAUAGCUCAACCUUUACAAAGUGGCAACUCGCCCAAUCUCUUCGGGAACCUCUUGAUGAUCGAUGAUGCGUUAACCGUGGGGCCUGACCCAUCUUCAAAGCUCGUGGGUCGGGCCCGGGGGCUGUACGGGUCAGCCGGGCAGACCGAGAUGAACUUGAUCAUGGCCCUUAGCUACGUUUUCACUGAUGGGAUAUAUGAUGGGAGCUCUUUGAGCCUUCUCAGUAUCAAUUCAGUGAUGAAUUCGCCGCGGGAGAUGUCUAUUGUGGGCGGGACCGGGCUUUUCCGGCUGGCCCGCGGCUACGCCAUCGCACAGACCUAUUCGGCCAAUGCUAGCGGCGAUGCUAUUGUUGGGUACAAUGUUACUAUUGCUACCAAUAUAUGACAGCUUGAUAGAAAAAAGUACUCAAAUAACACACUGAUGGUUUUAAUAGUCAAGGCUGAUUUUUCCGUUUGUUGAAUUGAGUUUUUGGAAGACUAAUUCCACUCUAUUCUCAAUGUUUACUCAUCUUCUAUC